AUGAGAAGAAAGCAUUUGAAGCUACCUCCUAGUCCACAAAGAUGGCCCAUUGUGGGAAACUUGUUACAAAUUGGUCGUGUUCCACAUUUAGGAAUGCAAAAAUUUACUCAAAAAUAUGGCCCCCUUGUUUACAUUCACAUUGGAAUGGUGCCUACAGUUCUGACAGAUGACCCCAAAUAUGUAAAGGAGUUCUUAUUGAAGCAAGACCAUUUUUUUUCUUCAAGGCCAAAGAACAUUGCUUCAGAACACUUCACAUUUGGGGGCAAUGACAUUGCUUUUGCUCCAUAUGGUCCACAUUGGAAGGAAGUGAGAAGAAUUUGCUUAAUGGAGCUUUUGAGUCCAAAGAGGAUAGACUCUUUUAGACAAGGAAGAAUUGAAGAAGUCCAAUGCAUGGUGAAGGAUGUAUAUAGGGAAUCUUUGGAACGAAAAAGUAUUAACAUGAGAAACCUCUUUGGGGAUCUCAUAAGCAAUGUUAUUACUAGGAUGGUGUUGGGCCAAAGAUAUUUUGGCCUAAAAGGUGCAGGUCCUGAGAUAGCUAUUGAACACAAGGCCAAAAUUUAUGAGUCAUUUUCCCUUAUUAAUGGAUUCAAUAUUGGUGAUUAUCUUCCAUUCUUGAGGCCUUCAGAUCUACAAGGACAGGAAGGACAAAUGACAGAAAUAAUGAAGUGGGUUGAAAAACUAUAUGGUUCAAUAAUUCAAGAGCAAACCCUUGAACUCGAGAAAAGCAAUGAAACAGAGCCCUUGAACUUUGUUCAUACACUAUUAAAAGCUAAAAGUCAAGAUAAUAUGUUGAACAUGAUGAAGAUCAAAGCCAUUCUCAUUGAUAUAUUUGUUGCAGGAACAGAUACUUCUUCUACUACCAGUGAAUGGACAAUGGCUGAGCUCCUAAGGAAUCCUAAAUAUAUGACCAAAGUACGUGAAGAAAUUGAUGCGGUUGUUGGGCAAGGACGACAUGUAGAAGAGUCUGAUUUGAUGAAUUUGACAUAUUUGAGGGCUAUUGUUAAAGAAGAAGGAGAGGUUGUCCAGGAGAAACUCUAG